AAUGGAAGAAAAAUUACGGUAACUUCAUUACAGUUUUUUGAUUCUGUUGAAUCGUUUAUGGUAUUAACAAUAAUUUGAUUAUGUUAUCGUUAUUUUAUUUGGGUAGUCAGGAGGCAUCUCAGGGGCUUAAUUCAGAAAGACACCUUCGCAACUUUCCCGAAUAUGAUCAUCUUUUGGUUUAUUCGCCGUCGGAAAGUCUGUAUCUCAUGGAUGAUUCAUGCUCAGAAAAUCAUGGAAGUCAUAGAACUCCUUGAAAAAGAGAUUGAGCUAAACGAAAGUUCAAGUGAUUACACGAAAGCCAAUACUGCCUGUGACGGAGCUAAUGGAGCGGAUGUUGUCAGAUAUGGAGUAGGAUCUGGGUUGGAAAAUGGGGCUGGUAAGGUAGCAGGUCAUUCACAAGAAAGGGGGCUUGUAUCAGCUGAAGUCGUCGGAGAUGGAGUAGUAUCUGAGCUGGAUAAUUCCCAGGAUUAUGGGGCUGUUAAGGCAGCAGGUCAUACACAAGAAGCUCCAGAAGCGGAGGUUGAAACUGGGUUAACUACAUCCAAGGUAAAUGAGGUUUGUAAGGUGGUUGAGGUGCUGAAAAAUGAGAGUUCAGGUUCUGACACUGAUUGGAAGACGGAAAGAAUAACUGCUUCUCCAAGUGAGAAAACAGAUGGUAGUAGUAGUAAGACGACAUCUGCAAGGAAGAGAAAGGAUGAAUCGGGUGAUUAUGAAUCAGAUUUUAAGAGAGGAAGAAGCGAGACUUGA